AUGUCACGCUCGCACGACGAGGACAUGCACUGCUUGCACACAGCUUCAGCCUGGUUGCAGCAACGUUCGUUGUGCCGGUACAUUACGUUUGAGGCACUCUACUUUCUGCUCCUACCACCACUACCACUACCACUACCACUACCACUACUACUACAUACUACUACUCUGCCAUUGUCUGACGCCAGCGUCUCAGCACGCCGUGUCAGAAUUCGUUACUUCACGCCAGCGACACUGCUUCUACCAGGUCGCCACGUUCAGCUUCAGGUUACAAGCCUGGCUCCCGCACAUCCGCACCCACCAUCACACAUCCGCCCGCAGAGCAACGAAUCAGGCGGCGCAUCGAGCCGGUCAGAGUCUCUCGACCUGCAGGGGCCCAAAGGACGGCACAUUUUGUUUCAGCAGUGGGCAGCGAAUCGAGGGGCGGUGGAGGAGUUCACCAGUGCACGGGGCCUGUCCAUCCUUGCCCUCGGCGCUUAG